ACAGCGUUGCAGCCACGUAAACGUGAGCAUCAUCACAACCCUGCCUGCUACUUGCUAGCUACCACGGUUCCCUGCACAGUUUCAGAGCUGUACUUCAUAUAUUUUUCAUGUCCGCAUGAUGCUACACUCUUUUAUCAGGCCUUCAGUGAGAAAGCCAGAGCUCUAAGAUGUCGAUGGUGGUGUUUGCAUCUGUUGUUCGUGUCAGGGAUGGCCUGCCGCUUUCAGCAUCUACUGACUAUGAGCAGGACAAAGAGCUUCAAGAAACAAAGAGGCACCUGAAAGGUCUCUCCAAGAAACUUAGCCAGUUCCCUGACCGGUGCACACUCAAGUCUGGACCAUAUAAUGUCAAUUUCACAAGCUCACUGGGUGUUGGAUAUCUGAUGGUGUGCACAGCAAAUUACCCCAACGUGCUGGCCUUCUGUUUCCUGGAUGAGCUGCAGAAAGAGUUUAUCGUCACCUAUGACACCAAACGCAUCAGCAGCGCCAUUCGACCAUAUUCAUUCAUAGAAUUUGACACCUUCAUCCAGAAGACCAAACAGCGCUACAACACCCCUCGUUCUCUGUCCGCCAAGAUCAACCUGGCUGACAUGCAGACUGAGAUCAAGCUGCGGCCGCCCUAUCAGCUGUCCCCCGAGGACCUGCAAGCUAUCAAUGGAUUCUCAGUACACACACCCUCUAGAUACAAGGACAUAGCUCCCACACAGAUGCUGGAACCAGUGACACUCCCAGGCAUUGUAUCGUGUGUCCUCAGCAUCCUCUGUGGAGGACUGAACCUGCUGCGUGGGGUCCAUGCUAUAGAGAGUAUAUUACAGAAUGAUGAUGAAGACUUUAAUUAUGUGAUUGCCUUCUUCCUCGGCACAGCAGCCUGUCUGUAUCAGUGCUACCUGUUUUCCUACUUCUCUGUCUGGAGGAACAGUAAGUCCUUCCUGGCAUUUGCACUCAUCUGUUUGUCCAACAUGUAUUUGUAUGAACUGAGGAACAUGUGGCAAAUCCUCUUCCAUGUGGCCGUUGGGGCCUUCAUGACCCUGCAAAUCAGACUGAGGCAACCGCUGGGCAAAGCGCCAGACUACAAUGUCUGACAAAUAUGCUAAACACAAAGGACAAAUGGACCUUUAGUUUGGUACCCUGGACAUGUUCUGGAAAUACGGACUUUGAUUUAAAGGACUAAGUGGACACAAGCCUCCCAGUUCAGGAAAAAAAAUAAUAAAAAAAAACACACUCACCCCAGCAUCAAUGGACAGAUCCUAAUUCAGACUUGGAUGAAACUGCUGCAGCCUGAAUCAUUUAUGGACCUUGUUGGAAUGAUAUUGGAAGCUGCCUUUUCCCUACUGUUGUGCUAUCAUGUUUUAUACUUUCUUUCAGUGCAACCAUAAUUUAGGUUGCAGUCCAAUGUGCAAGAAGGCCAGUUUUACAAACCCACACUGACUGCACCUGCACAAAUAAAUAUUAACACAAGAUCUGAGAUACACACAGUUUAAAACUUUGAGUUUAUGCAGAAUUAUUGUGCAAACGCAACACUUGCUUUCCAGUUCCAAAGAUUCCAAUUUUACAAUGAAACUUUGUUUUUAUCUGUGCAAAAGAAUGACUAAUUUAUGAAAGGCAUAACGAGCCAAGUGUAAGUAGGAAUGAUAAGGUGUAAAACUAGAUGGCAGUCACUCUUCUCUGAUGCUAAUGUGUCUAUUAACAGACAUCUUCGGUACACUUCGACCUGAUAGAUUAUCAAAUUAAACCAGAAGUAAAUCAAGUUAGUAUACAUUUAUAGAUGAGUGGGUAAAGUUCAAUAAAUUUUAAUAAACUUCAACAAACUUUAUUGGCUUUUUUUGUUUUUUGUUUUAAUGCUUUGGAUAGUUCUCUUGACUGACUUAGAUAACACCCCUUUAUUUAAACUUACUUACUUACAGCUGGGAAUCACUGUGGAAUAAUUAACAACUUAAAAUGAAUGUGGCAUUAGGCAAAAUUAUCUUCAAUGGAAUAAAAAAUAUUGUGAUCAAAAUGAUUUCUUAAAUUAACUGUCAGCUUAUCUAUAUAUUUAUAAUUACUUUAUUAAAUUAUUGUAGGUCAGGAUUUAUUUCAGUCAUAUUUAUCCAUGCUUCCACACUGUGUUGUGGAGUAUGCACACAAGCAAACAAAAUUUAUGAAUGCAUUCAGUGCAUUGUCUACCCUUGGCCUCAAGUCCAGUGCAUUUCCUUCCUCAUAAAACUCACUCAGCAAUUUCAGUAUUUUAAACACAUUUUUGUUUACUUCCAUGUUUAUUAGCUUGCUGUUAACCUCUUAGCUGCUGUGGAUGGUGCACUGCUGCAUGUCUUAUCACUCUAUGGCCACCUUUACAUGGUGCGUCAUUAAUGGUAGAAUGAAUAUUGCAUCAGUUUUAUGAUAAAACAAGCACAGAGUGUUAGCGGUUAAAUUAGAGAGCCACACCUGCACAGCAGACCUUGAAGCAUUAGAGCAAAAACCAUGUGCAAAUAUAGCAGGAAGACUGGACAUUUUUAAGUCCCUUUCAUCAAUGUCCUCCACACAUCCAAUUGUUCCUUUUUUUCCUCUACUCUGUGUUAAUGAUCCGUCUCCUGUACCUACUGUAUGAGAACCUGACCGGUUGGAGAGCUCUGGUUUAGGUCUUGGGUCAAAACUAUGCAAUGCUGCUUUGUGUGUGUGGCUCAAAUUCAUUUUAUUGUACCCUGAAGCAUCAGGAGACAACAGUCAUAUCUUAUGUAUUUCAUUUUAACAGUUUUUUGUUAUUUAUUUACUGACUGAAUGUACGUUAACAUGUGGUCAGUGCAGAUUUAUACAUAUUUUAUGAGUUUUUUUUUUUCUUGCCUUAUGAUUGCUCUGGUUUUAUGCAGCUUUCCAGUAUGCCUGAAUUUACUCCUGUCCAUUGAGACAGCCAGAUAGCAAUCAUAUGUUCCUCCUUCACCUACACAACAAGCAUAUGCCAAUGUCAAAUGUCUAUGUAAAUAAACAGGUUUGCCAG